UUUUUAGAUUCACAAAGUUUAAAUUUGUACUCAAAAAUAGAUAUACAUAGUAACAAAAUUUAUUCAUCCACUAUAUAAUGUUAAUGUUGUGAUUUCCACGCCACUCGAAAGAAAACUGACAGCCACGAAUGGUCAAUUGGCGAUACAAAGUGGGUGUAGCAAAACCGAAAAACGUCAUAUGCGGGCGCAUUGUAUAUUUUUAUAGUUCAUACAAGUGUAUGUGGGUAUUAUGCGAAGGACGGUGUUUCCCAUGUUUGUAGUGGUUGGAGCAACAACAAUGUUGACGAUAUUUUGCCGGAAAAUAUAAACAGAGGAAAACACGAGAACAACGCCAUUCAAAGUCAACGCCAGCUGUUGAUGUAAGUUAAGUUAACUGUCAACGGGCACGAAUUAUUUUCCAGUAACUGAAAAGAAGCAUCAAAAUCUCUUUCAAUGGAUCCAAAUUUGCGAAAUCUUAAAGAUUUUCUGACACUAUAUAAUAAAGUCACGGAGUUGUGCUUUUCGCGAUGCGUGGAAACCCUCUACGAGCGUGAAUUAACCAAUGCUGAAAACACCUGUAUAGAUAAAUGUGUAACAAAAUUUGCGCGCUUUAAUCAAAAAAUGAUGAAUGUUUAUGUUGAAGUACAAACGGACAUAAACCAAAAACGAAUUCAAGAGCUUGAAACGACCCAGAAACAAGUGGACCAAGCUUCAACAUCCUCGUCAAAGGUAGUUGCAGCAGGAAUAAACUCAGUACCUAUGCCGGCAUCUGGAGCACAAACACCAGCCUACUCUUAAAAUAAAAUUCAGUGAAUAAUUAUUAUUCGUAUGUUUUAGCUUUAUUCAUAAGAUUUGUUUUAAGCUACAUAUUACCUCUUAGCUCCAUUAAUGUCGACACGUAUUUGCCUCGUAGCCUUAAUUGGUUUACCAGCUGCUGGAAAAAGUACAUUUAGUAGUUGGAUCUUGUCGAUCCCUCAACAACAGUUCAACGUCAUUCAUCUUUGUUAUGACGAUUUUCUGCCAGCACAAGAACAUACUCUUAAUGCAGAAAUAGAAUUAAAAUUACAACGUAGCAAAAUCUUGGAAACUAUAAACUUGCUUAUAUGUGAAUUAAAUGAAAACGCCUAUAUAGCAAAAGAUAUCAUUAAAUCUGUAAAGUUAUCUGAAAAUGCAAAUUGCCACGAUUUCAUAAUUCUAUGUGAUGAUAAUAAUUACUAUCGUAGUAUGAGAUAUAAAUUGUAUCAAUUGUGCAGGCAGAACAAGUGUGCUUAUGCACAAAUUUACUUAGAGUGUGAUUUAAAAUUGGCAUUAGGUCGAAAUAGUGCAAGGCCAGAUAAUGAGCGAGUGUCAGAAGAAAUUUUGCAACGAAUGGGAAGAAGACUAGAGAUACCCAAUUCAGCAAAGCAUCGCUGGGAAGAAAACACCUUAUUCCUGGAGGAAUGUGACAACUUUACUAUAAAGAAAGCUAGUAUUUUGGGGUUUUUCUCUAAAUCGCUUGAUAAAAUACUACAACCUCUGUCGCAAUGUGUUACUACUGAAACAAUGGUGUCAUUGCUGCAUCAACUUGAUUUGCUACUACGAAAAAGAAUAAGUGAAAUAUUGCAGUUGGAGAAUGAUUUAGCUGAGCGGUCAAAAAAGUCUAAAAUGCUGAUCGCUAAGCGUAAGAAAUUACUCCAAGAAGUCAGAAAAAAGACUGAAAAGGAGUCGAUAAGUAUUGAUGACUUGAACAUGUAUGUACAUUUAUUGAACUAACUUUGGAAUAAAGAAUAAUGCAAAUUUGUUUUUAAUAAGUAACUUAAAAACUAAAUAUGUGCUUAUUCGCUUUAUAAUCGCAUUAAAACAAAAUGAUAGGUUUAUAAUUUUUAUUGCAUAAAGACAAACUCUAUAUCAUUAAAGCAUUGCUUUGAAUUAUUUGGUAUAUAUAAAUUUAAAGAAUAUACUAAAUUUAUAUAAAACGAUUAUAUUACAUAUAAAAAUUUACUGACACUUUUGUUAAACUAUGCUACACAGUUAAAAAAAAACUAUGCUUGCUUGUAAGCAAAUUAUUUUUCUUAAUCAACCGAAUUUUUGGGGGUCCCUUUGCUAAAAUUCUGAGUUAGAUUUAUUUCAAUUAAAUCAAAUGUCGUUCAAACGUAUUUGAAAUUAUGAAUUUCUAUCAAUCGAACUGUUUUUGUAAUCAGGGCCCACUAAAAAUUUCGAAGAUGAUCUAAUGAUUUAAUUAAUUUUGAGAUUCUUUAUAUCGAUAUCUGUAUAUUUCUAUUAGUGUGUGCCAAAUUAUAAAAGGUAUUUGUAUAUUAUAAAUAUAAUUUAAUAUGCAAUGAUUAUAAUGAACACAUAAACAUAGGAGUGUUUUUGCAAUUUGCAGUAAUACAUAGAUAUAGUAGUCAAAAUUACUUACAAAUAUUAUUGCAUACAUUCGAGAAUAAUAAAAAAUAAGAUUAAAAUCAAAGUUAGAAGAA